UCGCAUCGCGUCACGCUGACGCAUAACGCAGGCGUGAUGUGCCUCGCGCUCAGCCGCUCCCGCCGAAUCGCAUUCACGGGGUCCAACGACGGCCAGGGCUUGCGCGCGUGGGCGCUGCCCUCCGGCGCCUGCCUGGCGCACGUCGGCGGCUUCGGCUGCGCGGUCUCGGCCAUGUCGUGGCACAUCGCCUCGCACUGCCUCGCGACUGGCACAGAGGACGGCACAGUCUCCCUCUGGGACACGGCGACGCUCGAGGGGGAGGCGCCCGAGCUGCGGCAGGUCCACUCGCUGCCCCUCGACCAGCCGCAGGGCAUGCACGUCGAGGUGGUCUGCCUCACCCCCUCCGCGGACGGGACGGCCCUCUUCUGCGGGCUCGACGACGGCAACAUCGUGCUCCUCUCUUGACCGACCGGCUCGGGCUGCGGCCGGUGUCAGACGCAGGGCCGCAUCCACGGGCGACGGCGAGGCGGCCGGCUUGCUUGCUUGCACGACACACGGCCGCCCACGCCAUACGUCGCCACACUUGCGCCCCGUACGUCCGCUUCGCGCUUGCGCCGACCACACGUCUGCACGUACGGCUCUGUCUACAAGAGUCUCGCCCUCGCAGUGCGCGCCUGCCGCCUCUCGCUCGCCGUGUUCUCAGGAUCUCAGCUAGGUAUAUACUGUGCGUUAAUAAUGCAAGAAAUGCCACU